CACUUUUCAACGUGAAGUUGAACACGACUCACGAGUGACGAGCUGUCGAGGUUUUGUAUGUGAUAAGUGCCCGUGUAAUAUAUAUCGUUGGAAACCGUUGAGUUGUGUGUAAAACAAUCGUUAUCAGAUUCCCCAGUUAUCAACGAGAUAUCCGCGGCUAAACGUUGACAAAGGCACUGUUGAGUCGCAUGUGUUAUUUUUAAAUAUGGCUGGCGACGCUGCUGUUGUGAAUGUACCGAAAAUGACGUUUAUGAAGACGGAAUCCGAAUACAACAUGAAAUCUAUUAGAUUUCUGUUGCUGACCAUCACUACGAUGUUUAUUGUCAUAGCAGGGCUCAUGAUAGUGCUGGGCAACUCAGUGUACUGCCACUACCAUGACUUCACGUUCUUCUACGAGAGCGCCAAGGUGGGCCGCUUCAUGACCCCCUCCAUUUUGUGCGUCUUCCUCGGCUUGGCGCUCAUGCUGAUCUCCAUCUUCGGAUUCUUCGGCAGUCUGAAGCAGAGCACCUGCAUGGUCAAUAUGUAUGCAGCUAUUUUGAUAUUGGUGUUCAUCUUCAAACUGGUGAUAGUGAUUCUGGCCUUCACGAUGGACACUGACAAAAUACUGAGAUACGUUGAUGUACCUGUCUGGAACUAUAACGACCCAGAAAUUCAAGCUGAAGUCGACUUUCUGCAAGGUUCUCUUGGCUGCUGUGGAAGCGACUCCUACUUGGACUACAUCGGCAUGGAAUACAAAAACAACCAAUCGACUGUUGUCGUCACAAAACAAUUGGACAACGACAUCGUGUCCAUCGUGUUGCCCGCGACGUGUUGCGUGAACACUGCUGAGGAGUUCUGCUCGAGGAUGUGGUCGGCUGGUUGUAAAAACGCAUUGGUUAACGCGAUAGUCCAAAAUGCCACUGUCAUUGGAGUUCUCGGAGUCUCAGUGAUGUUUAUUAACUUACUCGGCAUAAUCUUCGCUCUUCUUUUGGCUCGAUGCAUCAGAAAGAUGAAGAGUGUUAAGGCUCUUAUGCUGUGGAAGAUCAAAGAGAACAUGAUCAUGGAACGCCAAGCCGAGGAAAUGCACAAAAAGGAACAGGAAACCGUUUAUAUCGAACCCCAAGUCUCUAGCACAGCUUAAUGGAGUAAAAUGUUAGGUUGUAGAAGAGAUUAACUCCUGGAUUCUGAAAGACUGUGGACCUUCUAUCUCCUCAUGAAAGAAGACUCGCAGGUGUGAAAAAGAGAUAGCGUUCUACACAGUUCCUAUAGGGCGGCAUCUCUUUUUUACAACUGUAACGUCACUGCUUUAAUUGGUGACCAACACAAAAUUUAAAAAAAAAACAACGUUUAUUGAUCACCUGUCAAACGUCACGGCACGCGCUGCGAUUGAUUGUUUGUCUUUUGAUCAACUUAAUUACCUUCAUUUAUUUGAAUAGUUUUUCAGAAGCCGGUGGUUAGGAUUCGAUUUAAGUAAUUAUAUUAUGUAGACUACAGGAAGCAAGCUAUUUCGGGUUACCAUAGAUUUAUAGCCGAAUUAAACUUAGCCGUGGCGUACAUAAAUAUUUUAAUUAUCACUUUCUUUGUUUUUUGUCAAUUUUAAUUGACUUUGUACCAGUUAAAAUGCAAUUUUCACUAUAAGAUAAUUGAAAUUAAUAUCCUUGUGCUUUUACAGUAUGGUCAUAUGGCAUGCAUGAAAUAAAUAUGGCACCUUGUCAAUG